AUGUCAAAAUUCGAGCUUCCUGAAAUCCCAGAUUUUGUCAUAUGGGACUAUGCCGUGUUUGCUGUUCUUCUAAUCAUUUCUGCUUCAAUUGGCAUCUUCUUUGCAAUUAAGGAUAGAAAAAAGGAAACUUCCAAUGAAUUUUUGGUUGGUGGAAAGCAGAUGACAUGCGGGCCCGUGGCUCUAUCGUUAACCGCGAGCUUCAUGUCUGCAGUUACAGUUUUGGGAACUCCAGCAGAAGUUGUUCGUUAUGGCGCCUUCUAUCUAUAUUUCAUUAUUUCCUACACAUUUGUAAUUAUUUUGUCUGCUAACAUCUUUUUACCCGUAUUCUAUAGAUCAGGAAUUACAAGUACAUAUGAGUAUUUAGAACUACGAUUUAGUAAAAUAGUUCGCAAUGCUGCAACAGGUAUCUACAUCAUACAAACGAUUCUCUAUACAGGGGUGGUAAUCUAUGCUCCAGCCCUAGCACUGAAUCAAGUUACUAAAUUUGAUCUUUGGGCUUCGGUAUUUACAACUGGUAUUGUUUGUACCUUCUACUGCACUCUGGGAGGAUUGAAAGCUGUUGUGUGGUCAGAUGCUUUUCAAAUGGUAGUUAUGGUCAUUGGAUUUUUGUCUGUCCUCAUUCAAGGAACAAUUAUACAUGGAGGACCUACUAAUAUCUGGGAAGCAGCAGUGAAUGGGUCACGUCUGGACAUAUUACAGUUUGAUUUAGACCCUUUAAAAAGGUAUUCAUUCUGGACAGUUACAGUAGGAGGAACAUUUACCUGGCUAGGAAUCUAUGGAGUAAACCAGUCACAAGUUCAAAGAUGUAUAUCAUGCAAAUCGGAAAAACACGCAAAGCUGGCUCUAUAUCUUAACCUGAUAGGACUGUGGGUAAUCACAGUGUGUGCCGUGUUUUCUGGAUUGAUAUUUUAUGUGCACUAUAAGGACUGUGAGCCUUGGACUGCUGGAUUCAUAUCAGCACCUGAUCAGAUGAUGCCAUAUUUCGUUAUGGACAUCUUUAAAAGCAUGCCCGGACUACCUGGUCUGUUUGUAGCCUGUGCUUUCAGUGGAACAUUAAGCACAGUCGCUGCCAGCAUUAACGCUCUAGCUACAGUUACAUUAGAAGACAUUGUGAAGAACAUAUGCAAAAAUAUCAGUGAUAGAAGGACUACCUUAAUAAGCAAAGGGCUAUGUUUACUGUAUGGAGUGUUAUGCACCGCGAUGGCUGUAGUUUCAUCACAGAUGGGAGGAAUUAUUCAGGCUGCUGCAAGUAUUCAUGGGAUGUGUGGAGGUCCCAUGUUGGGAAUAUUUACUUUGGGCAUUUUAUUCCCAUGUACAAACUGGAAGGGUGCUUUCGGAGGGCUCCUGAUUGGACUUAUCAUGUCUUUCUGGGUUGGAAUUGGAGCAUUCAUUUAUCCCCCACCUGCAACCAAGACUUACCCCCUUAUGUUAAGCACAGCUCAGUGUGUAUUAGCAAACAUAUCUUCUACCACUACGGACGUGGCAUCAACCUUUCGUCCCGUUACUCUGACUCCGAAUGCAGCUUCAACGAAAUCUGUCCUUGAAGAAAACUUUUACAGCAUGUCAUACCUUUACUACAGUGCUGUGGGUUUCCUGGCAUGCGCUAUUUGUGGGCUCCUGAUUAGCUUUGUAACAGGACGCGAGCAUGGACAGAAUAUUAAGCCAUCAUUAAUCAGACCAAUUUGUGACAUCUUCUGCUGUUGGUCGGACAAAUACAAAACCGUGUGCUGGUGUGGAGUUCAUCAUGAUAGUGAUCUUGAUCACAAAAAUAGUCUCCAAAAGGAUCCAAAGGUGGAAGCUGUAACAGAACAAACAAUUCAAAAUGGAUUUGAUGACGACUCAAUCAAAAUGCCUCCACAAGGUUUCAAUCCUGACGAAAGAUCUUACACAAACGUCGAAACACAUCAAGUAUCACGCAUGUAG